AUGCAAGAAAACGUAGUACGAGACACAAGAACCCAAAACAUGCAACACACACAGUUUCCUACUACUCCACACCCCCAGAUUCCUACUACCCCACACCCCCAGAUUCCUACUACCCCACACCCCCAGAUUCCUACUACCCCAGACCCCCAGAUUCCUACUACGCCACACCCACAGAUUCCUAUAACCCAACGACAACAACAGCAAUCCCAUCAAAAAAUACCUCGAGCGGAAGUUUCUGAAGCCUCAGUGGCUAACCCAACUACGAACUUGUACACAACAGCUAAAACCGGUAUAUUAUUACAAACAGCUCGCGCGAUUAUAUCAAACCCGAAUGUUGGAGAACGUUCUAAGAACAUUCGCUUAAUUUUAGAUUUGGGGAGCCAAAAAAGCUACAUCACGGAGAGCUUGCGUCAAGAGCUUGACCUUACGGCAGUUAAUAGGGAAACAUUGGUUGUAAAGACGUCCGGUAAAACAACAGAGACGGCGCGGACUUGUGAUGUUGUUCAGACAAGUGUGCGAGCUAUGAAUAGUGAUCUUAAUCUAUAUGUCAGUUGUUAUGUAGUUCCAGUGAUAUGUUCACCCCUUACCCAUCAACCAGUCCAGUUUGCCUCAAGUCACUACUCCCAUUUAAGAAAUCUCUACCUUGCAGAUUCAGGAAGCAAUGGUCAAGAGCCUUCUGAUAUUGAUAUGUUGAUAGGAGCAGAUUUCUUUUGGCAUAUUGUCUCGGGCAACGUCAUACGGGGGGAGCACGGCCCUAUCGCGAUGGAAACGAAGUUAGGAUACGUCCUUUCUGGCCCUGUAACAACUCCCCACAUAAGCGAUGACACUGUCACCAACUUUCUCACCACCCACCUUCUACAAGUUGACACAACCGAGCCUGAGGAUUCAUUGAAUGUGGACUUACACAGUCAGUUGAAGAAAUUCUGGGAAUUAGAAGCGAUCGGUGUUAACCCUAACAAGAACCCAGUACAUGAACAGUUUAAGGAGACGAUCGAGUUCAAGGACGGUCGCUAUGAA